AUGAUCCGAUGGAGAUUUGUAGUUCAUGGAGGAAUUGAUGGGUUUUCAAGAGCUGUUGUUUAUCUUGGCUGUGCUUGUGACAACCGAAGUCAGACAGUAUUUCAAUUGUUUCUCAAUAGCAUGUCCACAUACAAAUGUCCCCGUCGAAUUCGGAGUGAUCAUGGGACAGAAAAUGUUGGUGUUGCCAGGUGGAUGCUGCAGCAUUUUGGACCCGCUUCAAAACCAAUUUUAACUGGCCUUUCUGUCCAUAAUCAAAGGAUUGAACGAUUGUGGAGAGACGUCAACACAUAUGUCAUCAGUUAUUUCCGUAAUCUCUUCUUUUAUCUGGAAUCACUCGAUUUACUGGAUCCAUUGAUCGAAGUCCACCUAUUUGCCCUUCAUUAUGUUUUUAAACCUCGAAUUAACAGGGCACUCACAUUAUUUGCAACACAAUGGAACAAUCAUCCUCUUUCAACUGAAGGAAAUAGGAGUCCCUAUCAAGUAUGGGUGCAGGGUUUUUAUGAAUUUGCCAACUCUAAUUAUGAAACAGUGAGAGAUGUUGUAAACCCAGAAACACUGGAUGUGGAUUCCUAUGGUAUUGAUGAUGAUGGUCCAAUGCCUGAAAUUCGAACAGUGAAUCAUGUGGAGAUACCUGAAUCAAAUAUCGUUCUUGAAGAUGAGGAGAUGGCCAUAUUAGUAUUGUUAGUGAAUCCGUUAGAUGAAGAUAACGAACACGGUAAACAUCUCUUUGUGAACGCAUGUGAAGCACUUGAAAUGAUCCUUGAUGCCCGACUGAACAAUAUAUUAUAA